GCGAAAAAAAGAAAGAAACAUCAUCAUUGACGAUUGAAACGGCACACAAAGAGUGAAGCGUUCCGAUCUUUACGUAUCAACAAAAAAAUUUUCUAGUUUCAAGCAAUGACGAUACAGUUAAGAUAGAUAAUUCUUUUUUCGCUUAAUCUUACUUCACUGGAAGUUUAGUCAUUGGACGAAGAAGAAAUUUUCGCAGAGAUGGUUAAGCUGCGAGCUAACAUACUGGCUUUGUUGUUCUGUAUUGGAAUCGCUUUGGUACAUACUCAAAAAACAGAAACUUGCAGACAACCCAUAGAUUUGGUGUUUGCCUUAGAUGCCUCUGGUAGCGUUGAAGUCGAAGGCUACAACGAAAUAAAAAAAUUUACUAAAGAAUUAAUAAAUGGAUUUCACGUUGGCGUUGACAAAACCCAUGUUGGUGUUUUAACAUUCAGUGAAAUCGGAGAAGUUCAAAUUGGACUCACCGACACAUUCGAUAAAAAUGAACUUUUGGAGAAAGUAGAUAAUCUCGAUUACCCAGGUUAUCGCACUGCAACAGAUGAUGCUUUGCGUGUUGCAAAUAAUGAAAUGUUUUCAAUAUCUGGAGGAGUAAGACAAGGUGUUCCACAAGUCCUCAUUUUGUUGACUGAUGGGAAGUGCACGUUAUGCCAAGACUCUGUUGAAACUGCAGUUAAGCCGUUGAAAGAAAGAGGAGUGAACAUCUAUACCAUUGGUGUGACAGAUAACAUCAACAGAACUGAAUUGCAGAUAAUUGCUUCUGAGCCAUCAGAUGAUCACAUGUUUGAAGUCAACUCCUUCUCAGAAUUGAAAAGUUUGAUUGUAAACUUGCAAAAUAAAAGCUGUGAAGUAAAAAAAGGAAAAUGUGCGAAACCUCUUCCACCUUUCAAAUGUAGCAACAAUCAACGCGAUGUCUGUCUUGGGGAUCAAGAUUGUCCUGGUGUUAAAAAAUGCUGUUCUGAUGGAUGUGUCAAGAAUUGUACUUCGCCAUUAUUAAAUUGUUUAACAUCAAUUGAUGUUGCGUUUGCAUUGGACUCCUCACAAAGUGUUGGAGACAAAGCCUACAAGGAGAUGAAAAAGUUCGCUAUAGACAUUGUUGAUUCAUUUGCAGUUUCUCAACAAGAAGCUCGAUUCUCCUCCUUAAUUUACAGCGAAACUGCCGAAGUUGGAUUUAAUUUCGUGCGUUAUGACACCGCUGGUAAAAUUAAACAGGCAAUCAAAGAUUUAAGGCACUUUAAAUCCACAACACGUGUGGACAGAGCUUUACAACUUGCGAAAUCAGAUUUGUUUAGCGUACAAGGAAAAAUCCGAACAAGAAGGCCAAUGGUGUUAAUUGUCUUCUUCGAUGGUUCUGUGUCAAAUCACAUGAAGGAUCUGGUGGAGGUAGCUGAACCAUUAAAGUCAUAUGGAGUAAAGGUUGUUGCUAUUGGAGUUGGAGCUGAAGUCAAUAAGUAUCAAAUGAACAAAAUAGCAUCAUCAGAAAGUGCAAUUUUCGAUGGCGAAACCUUCAAUGACAUUAUCCCUGAACUUUAUUCAAUUGCAAAAGAAACAUGUAACGAAAAACCUGGUAAAUGUAUUGCAGAAAGAGAGCCAGUUGUUGCUGAAACUUGUGUGGGAGUUCAGCAUGAAUGUGCUAAUGAUUUUGAUUGUUUUGGAAAUGCUAAAUGUUGCAAGAAAGGAUGCAAGAGAGUCUGUGUGCAACCAGAGUACGUCUGCAAACGCAAAAUCGAUAUUGCUUUUGCUGUUCAUCAGAAUAUGAAAGAAGAAGAUUUCAGUCGUACAAAAGAUUUCUUAAGAUCAUCGAUUGAUCACUUUGAAGUUAGUGAUGAAAAAACACAUGUGGCACUGAUGACGUUUGGACGAGAAGCAAAGGUUGUGUUUGAUUUCAACACAGCGCAAAAUUGGAAUGAAAACAUGAAACAGCGUGUUGAGGGAGUGAAAUUCGAGCAAGGAAAGGGAAAAAUAUCUGAUGUGUUGGGAUUAUCGUGUGAUGCUAUAUUUUGCGCUGUUGGUGGAACUCGAAAUGACGUGCCAAAGAUGUUGGUUUUGAUAACUGGACCAUCCUCUCCUUCUCCUUCUGACGAAAUGUCUAAAAGAAUUGCUACCUUACGUGCACGUGGUGUUGAUGUUAUUGUCAUUGGCAUUGGUGAUGUUGAUGGUGAUGUUCUGCAAGCACUAACUAGUGAUGAUAAAGGCAUUGAAGAUCGUGUUUGGUUAACUAAAAAUGCAGCAGGAAUGUUGCAAUACGGUCAAGAUCUUGCUGAUUUUGCAUGCGGUGAAGCUGGAACAUCAUUACCACCAACUGGUCCAAUCGGUGGUCCAGACGCAGGAGGGUGCAAACCAAAAACAUGCCACAAAGGUCCAAAGGGUGCAAGAGGGCGUCCAGGAGUCGUUGGCCCAGCCGGAGAACCCGGAGUCCGGGGAUUGAUUGGUCCAAAAGGUCUUCAAGGUGAGAAAGGUAUCAAAGGUCCUAAUGGAAUGAUGGGAGGCAAGGGAGUUCGAGGGGAACCUGGUUUGAUUGGUCUUCCCGGUUUCCCUGGUUACGAUGGAAUACCUGGUGUUCCUGGCGUUGCUGGGCGGAGAGGAAGUGAUGGUGACUGUGGGUUACCAGGACAAUCUGGGAGCGCUGGUGAAGCCGGUUUAGCUGGUUUUAAUGGACCACCUGGACAUAAAGGUUACAGAGGAGCUAAAGGUCCAAAGGGGAAAGCCGUGCCAUUUAACCCAGACCUAGAAGUUUUUCCUGGUGAAAAGGGAGAUUCAGGAGUAGCAGGAAAAAACGGAAUUAAGGGUGAGAAAGGAGCUGAUGGAAACCGUGGCGAAGAAGGAAGCAAAGGAGUCGAUGGCGAUGAUGGAUUUUUUGGAGAACGUGGUGAAAAAGGAGAACCAGUUAUAAUCAAAUACAUCAAGGGAGAUAGAGGAGAAAGAGGAACAUCAGGAGAUCCUGGACCCAAUUAUAGUACAGGUGGUCUAAAAGGAGAAGGGCCACGAGGUCCUCCUGGUAGUAACGGCGAAAAAGGCGAUGUUGGAGAAGAUGGUCUUCCAGGUGUCGACUCCACUGAGAAGGGAGCUAAGGGAAGGCCUGGUGCUCGUGGUGGUGUAGGCCCAAAAGGUUUAACUGGUCCGCCCGGAGAGACAGGCGACAAAGGGCCGGUUGGAGUAAGAGGUCUUAAAGGACUUAAAGGUGAAAUUGGAGACAAAGGAAAUCCUGGGCAAAAAGGAGAUGCAGGAGACAAAGGAGAAGUUGGGCCAACAGGUUUUAAUGGUGUUGAUGGAAAUCCGGGAGAAGAUGGAGCAUCGAUUCCUGGCAAAAAAGGUGUUCCAGGUGGUAUUGGAGAAAAAGGCUUGCCUGGCAGGGAAGGUCCAAUUGGUGAUGUUGGUCCAGAAGGUCCAAAGGGAAAACAAGGGGGUUAUAUUAUCGGUCCUGCUGGUGAUCCAGGUGCAGUUGGCCCUCGUGGUCGACGAGGAGAAAAUGGAAUGUCAGGAGUUCCUGGUAUGGAAGGCCUUGCUGGUCAGAAGGGUAGAAAAGGUGAAGAUGGAUCAAGAGGUCUUUCUGGUAAAAACGGAAAAAUUAUUCCUGGUAAACCCGGUAUGGAUGGUCCACCAGGUCCCAAAGGACCAGUUGGUCCAGUCGGCAAUACAGGAGGACCAGGUCCACCAGGAGAGGAUGUGAUUGUCAAAUGUAUCGAAAGUGCUUGUCCGAAAGGUGCCAAGGGUGUAAAGGGUCCUCCAGGAAACACUGGUCCUCCUGGGGAUGUAGGAAAAGACGGAUUGGAUGGUCCCAAAGGUUACUUAGGUGGUCCAUGUCCUGCUUGUCCAGAAGGAGAUCAAGGUCGAUCAGGAGAGAUUGGUAAGCCGGGUAUGCCUGGUAAACGAGGAGAACAAGGUGUUCGAGGUGACGUGGGUGAACCAGGUCCACAAGGGAAAAGAGGGCCAAGAGGUGGAACUGGUGAAGUUGGGCCAACUGGACCUAAAGGAAAUGAUGGUCCAAGAGGUUCGAUAGGCGAAAUUGGUGAUGACGCACCUAAUAUUGGAGAGGCGCAAAAAGGAGCAAAGGGUAGUCCUGGUGACCCUGGCAAAAAUGGUGAACGUGGUAGAAAGGGAAGCAGCGGUGAAAAGGGAAUGAAAGGAAGUGACGGAGCAGCCGGAAAGCGUGGAAAGGAAGGUGCUAAGGGUGAAGUUGGAGGUACUGGCACUCCAGGCAAAAACGGUAUCCCAGGGAGAAUUGGCGCAGUUGGAGAACCAGGGGAAAGUAUAAGAGGGCCUAGAGGUGAGAUAGGAGAUUUAGGACGUCAAGGGGAUCAAGGUCCUCCUGGUGAAGUUGGUGAUCCUGGUCCUGUGGGUGAAAAUGGCAGUCCUCCUACAGAAGAGGAGAUGAAAGAGAUGAAAAACAAGAUGGCGGGUGAUCGAGGUGAUAAAGGUGAUAAAGGUGAAAGUGGUGACGCAGGUUCUGUAGGACCUGAAGGAUCCGAGGGACCACGUGGUCCAAGAGGAGAGCGUGGACCAAGAGGACCUAAAGGCUUCGGUGGAGUACAGGGUGACAUAGGAGAACCAGGACGGGCUGGUCCAGAUGGUGAUCCAGGAUUAAAUGGUUUCCCUGGUUUAAACGGACAAACAGGUGCUCCUGGUGAAAAUGGUGAUCCUGGACCUCCAGGUGUAACUGAAAAAGGUGACAAAGGAAACAAAGGGCCUCGUGGUCCGGAUGGAAAGCGUGGAGAAGACGCUCCACCACCAAGUGGUUGUUUCCGAUUCGGAGAUCCAACAGAUAUCGGGUUUGUACUUGAUUCAUCAAGAAGUGUAACGCCAAGUGAUUUUGAUAAACAGAAGCAGUUUAUUAAAAAUAUUCUGGGGCAAUUUCCUGUUGGACCAGAAAAAACACAGGCUGGAAUUAUUAAAUAUAGUCAGAAAGCUGAAAUUGAGCUUAACUUUAAUGAGUUUGAAACCGAGAAAGACCUAUCCAAUGCUGUAGAUGGUAUUAAACACGAUCAAGCUGAUUUCUCCCGAUUAGAUUUGGCGUUGGAAAUGGCCAGUAACAAUUUGUUCACACAAGAGCAUGGUGCUAGAAAAGACACAGCUAAGGCCUUGGUUAUACUUGGUGAUGGACACAUUGUAGCUGAAACCCUUGCUGGCAAACUGAUUAAUACAUCUGUUAGUUAUGCGAAAACGUUAAGGGAUUCCGGCGUUAAUGUGUUUGCUAUAGGUGUAGGUGUGGAGAAAAACAAAGAAUUUUUAAAAGAACUUGUCUCAGACCCAAGUUACUAUUUGGAGAUCGAAAGUUAUAAUGAGCUGGUUAAUGCCAUUGGUAACCUGCAAGAUUCAUUUGAAGCUGGUUGCAUUACUGUCGGCGAGCCUGGAAAAGAUGGUUAUGAUGGUGCAAAGGGUGAUCCUGGAGACAACGGUGCUAAAGGAAGUCGAGGACUUAGUCCACAAGGAGAGGAUGGACCUAAGGGAGUAAAGGGAUUUAAAGGAGAAGAAGGAAUAGGUUCCCGUGGCAUACCUGGUGACGAUGGACUCAUGGGAGUACCGGGACCUAUAGGUGCUGAUGGGAAGAAUGGUGCAGAUGUCCUAGGAGAGAAAGGAGAAAAGGGAAUCAAAGGAGAAAAGGGAGAUUCACUACCUGGACCUCAAGGUCAGAAAGGACAACCAGGAAACCGUGGACAGCCAGGGCCUGACGCUUCAAGAAUAAUUUGUGAUGACGCUUUGACCACUGACAUCGUGUUCUUAAUUGAUACAUCUAGUAGCGUAGGAUCAGAAAAUUUCUCCAAAAUGAAAGUCUUCAUUGAUAACAUUGUUCAAAAGUUUGACGUAAACAAUCAAUUAACUCGGGUGAGUGUGGUCACAUACGACACAGAUGCCAGGCUUAACAUUAAGCUUUCAGAUCAUAACCAACUGACUGCACUUACUGAUGCAAUCCGCACCUUGUCAUACGCUUCUGGCGACGCUACUCGUAUUGACAAAGCGUUAAUAUUGGCCCAUAAAGAAGCACUUACUGAAACAAAUGGAGCUCGAGCUGGCGUAAGAAAGGCUUUGGUGUUAAUGACCGACGGUAUACAGUCAUACGCAAAGGAUCAAGUUUCUCUACAAGAAGCUGUAAAACCACUAGUUGAAGCGUCAGUUCUGCGGUACGCUAUCGGCAUUGGACGAGAAAUAGCUCAAACAGAGUUAUCCGUUGUAGCUGGUGAUAAUGUUGUGGUGGCAGACAAUUUUGACGAACUGAUACGCAAGAUUGAUCUUCAAAUUGGUUUGAUUGGCCGUGGAGGAUGCAAAGGUGACCAAGGUUUGCCAGGCCGUUCUGGAAGAGCAGGAGAGGAUGGCUUCCCAGGACAGACAGGUCCAGUUGGUCCUCAGGGACCCCGUGGUGAUUCAGGAAAACAAGGGUCUAAAGGAGUAAAAGGACAGCGUGGAGAAAUGUCUGGUUCCGGAGGAAAAGGUGUGCCUGGUGACGAUGGUGAUCCAGGACCUCGUGGACUACCCGGUUGCACAGAUGAUGGUAAUGGUCUGGCUGUAGCCACAGAUCUUGGUUUUAUGUUGGAUGCAUCAGCCUCUCUUACUGCCAAUGGCUACAAAGAGGAGAAAGAGUUUAUCAAAUCUGUCAUCGAUAAAGUUGGUGGAAUUUCCGCAAAAGGUAUACAUGUUGGUGUCGUGGUGUACAGCGAUGAAGCUACAUUGCGUAUCAGAUUUGACGCCCACGAUAAUACAGAGGACUUAAAACGCGCAAUUGAUGACCUUGCAUAUGAUCGGAAGCAAACUAGAAUUGACCUUGGCUUGGAAAAAGCAAAGGAAAUGUUCUCCGUAACAGGUGGUGGUCGUGGAAACUCUAAAAAGGUGUUGAUUUUGCUAACCGACGGUCAACAGACAUAUGUUAAAAAUACGAGGGCACCACAUCUUGUCGCGAAAGAGCUUGCAACAGAAGGAAUUGACAUCUUUUCCGUUGGAAUUGGUCAAGAAAUCAAUCGAGUUGAACUGGAAUCGUUUAUUUCAAAGCCAGAACAUAUCUUUUUAGCUUCUGAUCUGUCAUCCUUAGUAGCAGAUUUAAGUGGAGAUAUAUCCAGAGCUUUAAAAUGCGAAGGAGGUCCACGAGGUGCAGAAGGUAGACCAGGUGUAGAUGGUGAUCCAGGUUCUGUUGGUAAAGUUGGUUCUGAUGGACCAAAAGGUACAAAGGGGUUACCAGGAGAAAUCGGUUACGGCCCUCGUGGCGAUAUCGGUGAAAUAGGAGGAGUUGGUCGUCAAGGAGAAUUGGGAGCAAAGGGAUACAGAGGCCCUGCUGGUAAAAUUGGAAAUCAGGGAGUUCGAGGGCCAGUAGGAUACGAUGGACCAGCCGGCCCUAAAGGUGAAAGAGGUGAUAUUGGUUUUAUGGGUGUUGAAGGCCCUACUGGUCCUCCUGGUGCGAAAGGACAAAUGGGUAACACAGAAGGGGAUGGCAGACCUGGGAAACGGGGACCAAAAGGAGAAGUUGGACUAAAAGGAAAUGUUGGUGAUCCAGCAAGUUUACCUCCAGGCAGCGAGAAAAAAGAUUACAUAGGAGACAAAGGUCCUCAAGGAAGCACUGGAAAACCAGGACCAGUGGGGGAACCAGGAACACUCUUGGUGGCUCCAGGAGAACUUGGUGUCAAAGGAGAGCCAGGACCACGCGGAGAACCCGGUGAUUUUGGAAGUCAUGGUCCACCAGGACCACAGGGGCCAAGAGGAAACAAAGGAGUAAAAGGUAGAAAGGGAAUAACAGGUGAUAUUGGUGAAGACGGGUCUGAUGGCGCUAAGGGAGAGAAGGGAGAGGUCGGCGAUACUGGUAAGGAUGGAACAGGGAAGAAAGGAGAUAAAGGUGAAAAAGGACAGCGUGGACGAGAUGGUGGCCCUGGUCCAGUAGGUCCUUUGGGUAGCAGCGGUUAUAUUGGAAUGCCUGGUAAAAAAGGAGAGCAAGGCGAGGCAGGAGAUCCAGGUCCACAGCAAACUGGAGGUGAUCCAUCAAGAGCUCCCAAAGGGUAUCCGGGAGAAAAAGGUAUUGACGGGGAUUACGGAGAUCAAGGAGAAGUAGGGGAACCCGGGGUUGUAAUUGGACCAAGAGGUGAACGAGGUGAAAAGGGUCCGCUUGGAUUACAAGGUGAUCAAGGAAAGAAAGGAAAGCCUGGAAUACCUGGGCCCGAUGGAGGAGUUGGUAUGGCAGGUCCUCGUGGAAGAUUUGGAAGAGAUGGAGAUCCAGGACCACAAGGUCCACCUGGUCCAGCUGGUCCUGAAGGAAUACAAAUAAGAGGUUCCGAGAAAGGUGAUGUCGGUGAAGUUGGAGAUUUGGGUAAAACUGGCAUACCAGGAUUAAGAGGCAGACCAGGAACUAAAGGUACAAUUGGUGAACCUGGACGAAGAGGUGUUCAAGGUGACAGAGGAAAGCAAGGUUUCCCUGGAUUAGUUGGUGAUCAAGGAAAAGCAGGUACUCAAGGUCCAGAGGGUUUACAGGGAAACAAAGGACCUCAAGGAGAUCCUGGAAAUCCAGGCACACCAGGUCCUUUCGGAGUUGCGGAGGGCAACGUUAUCGUGACUCACUCUCAAAAAGAUGUCAUACCAACGUGUCCACGAGGCUACAACAAAUUAUGGGACGGGUACUCUCUUGUUUCUACUGUUGGUAAUUUGCACUCGAAUGGCCAAGAUCUUGGAAAUACUGGAUCGUGUGUAAAAUCAAUGAGCACAUUGCCGUUUAUUUUCUGUGAUUUGGUAAAAUGCCAAUAUGCAUCGAGAAACGACUUCAUAUACUGGCUGGCAACUGUAACAAAACCUGCAGGAAUGAAGUUAAUUUCUGGAAAAGCUAUUGAGCCGUAUAUAAGUCGUUGCAGCGUUUGUGAAGCUCCAUCAACAGUGAUAGCUGUCCACAGUCAAGAUACAACAAAGCCAAAUUGCCCUUUCGGCUGGGAUGCAUUAUGGGAUGGAUACAGUUUUCUUAUGAUUGCUGGUGCUGGCAAUACAGGGUCUGGUCAGUCGUUGUCGUCGUCCGGCUCCUGUCUAAAAGAAUUUAUUCCCAAACCGUUCGUAGAGUGUAAUGGAGCCGGAGGUUCUUGUUUCUUUCACAAUGACAAAUUCAGCUUCUGGUUGACCACUGUUAAAAAAGACGAACAGUUCAAAACGCAACCUGAACAACUUCUAUAUAAAAGUAAAAACCAUACGCUGGAAUCACGCGUAUCUAGGUGCAAAGUAUGCGUGCGAGCAAGACGAACAGAUAACGGUGGGAAUUCAAAUGAAAACACAUUGUUGAGGCGCGUAGCACGUAAUAUAAGAUCAUGGUUUGUCAACUAAAUUGUAUCCAGGAAUUAUAAAAACAUUUGUAAGAAGCUAUUUAAAAACACAUGAGUGAGUAUAUCAACAAAAUAAGACAUUUUUGCCGGUCAUCAAGAUGUUCAAAAAAGACGAAAAGCUUAUACGCUGUAAAGCUUAUGAGAUAGGUUUGUUUUCAAUUCAAAGCUGUUACCGAACAUUAUUACUUGCAUGUAAAUGAUACUUUUUCUUCAUAUAUUUUUCUGAAAAUUUGAAAGUAUAAUUCACUCCAAAUCACACCAUUCAAACUAUCGAACUUGCAAAAUAAUUUAAACUUUUUAUGCAAACAGGUUGUCUAUGACUAUGUUUCAAGUUUGUUUUAAUAUUUUUAUACUGGUUGAAAAUGCACUAUAUUUUUUGACAAAAAUAUUUUUUGUAUUAAACUGUUUUAUUAGAAAUGCAAACUUAUUAUAUAUUGUUUAUCAAAUUUAUUGUGUCUCCUAUAGUUUUGAACGUCAAAGAUCUUGUUCUU